UAGAAGCAAGCCUUUUUAGCAUCAGAUAAAAAAAGUCCAGUCUAAGGUUGCCGCUGUACUUCCUUUUCCGUUAUCGCCAUACAUUAGAGAUGUAUUCGGCGAGAGCUAAGAUCGUGAAACCUCCGGGUGAGAAGCCAGAUGAAUUUGAGUCGUCCAUUUCUCAGGCUCUUCUGGAGCUUGAGAUGAACAGUGACCUGAAGGCUCAGCUUCGUGAACUCUACAUCACUGCUGCAAAGGAGAUCGAUGUUGCUGGCAAGAAGGCGAUCAUGGUGUUUGUACCAGUGCCACAGCUGAAGAGUUACCAGAGGAUACAGACCCGCCUGGUGCGAGAACUUGAGAAGAAGUUCAGUGGAAAACAUGUCGUCUUCAUUGCCCAGAGGAGAAUUCUUCCUAAACCAACCCGUAAAACCAAAAGGAAGAAUAAGCAGAAGAGACCAAUCAGUCGUACUCUGACUUCCGUACACGAGGCCAUUCUGGACGACCUCUGCUUCCCAUCAGAGAUUGUUGGCAAGCGUAUCCGCAUCAAGCUGGAUGGCUCCCGGCUUAUAAAAGUACAUCUGGAGAAGACCCAGCAAACAAACAUUGAGCACAAGUUGGACACAUUCACUGCAGUGUACAAGAAACUCACAGGGAAAGACGUUAUUUUUGAAUUUCCGGAAUAGAUGCUCCUGUUUGUAAAUAAAUAAAUUAUGUGGCGAAGAAA